UGGUGUUGCUGACUUAAGUUCUGUGAUUGAUGGGAAAUGCUUUAUGUUUAGCUUCAAAAAGUGUAGAAUGAAGGUUAAGCUGCUUUUGACUCUGGUUAAUAUCUUUGUGUGUUCAUUCUGAUUGAUCCGUGCUCAAGUAAUUUCAAUUUAAUUUAUUGUUUAGUUGACCAUAUGAUGUGUGUAGCACUAGCAUCCCCACUCAACAUAUAGAUGGAUUUAUCAUCACUUUGAAAAUUUAAAAAUGUCAAACGACCCAACAUUUUCCAUGUAGAGUGCAUCUAUAUCCUCUGGAGUCUUGUGAAAGUAAAGUCCUACUAAUCAAGCUCCUGAAACCAAUUGUAGAGGGAUAUCUUGGAAGAUGACUCAAUAGGGAAUUCUAACCAAUUGUAGAGGGAUAUCUACUUAGUCACUAUAGGGCAAAGCUUGUUUUCAGUGCACUAGAUCUAACACGUCAUGAUUCAGACAUGUGGUAAAUUUUAGACACGUAUCCACAUCAUAUGUGAUCUAGUGCUCUAGUGCACUGGACACAAGCUGUGACGGUCACUAAAAGCAUCUAAGUUGUGUGAAUUCUCAGCCAAUUAUUGUAGCCAUGUGUCAUGUGGUUGUAAUGGGUAGCGUUAUUGUACUAGUUUGUGUGUGCAAGAAAAUCUUUAGAGCCUUUGCUAGUGUUAUAAAACAGGACAAGUAUGAAGUGAAAGAGCAGAACAUUGGCAGUAUGUUUCCUUUGUUAUGUUAAACAUGUUUGAAUCAAUACAUUUUUUUCUGUUUUGGUUCCCUAGUUCUUGUUGCUCCUUUUAGGUUGUAGUUCUAUUGCUUGGUCCUUAUAAGUUAUAACCUGCUCCUUUUUAUAUAUUUAUUCUCUCUUCUUUUUUCCCUUAAAUAUUCAGCAAUCAUUUAUAGUGUUUGGUGUUAGCUACAAGACCAGGACGUUAAUUAGAGAGAUUAAUAAGAUGGAAAUCAAACUACGCCCCUAUCAAUUAUCUGAUGUGGAAGACUUCAUGGAAUGGGCAUGCGAUGAUCAAGUAAUUCGUACAAGCAGACUAAGGUACUACACUUCAAGAGAAGAUGCACUUGAUUAUCUUAAGGAAGUUGCCAUUCCUCACCCAUGGUAUAGGGCUAUAUGUUUGGAGGACCUUCCAAUUGGAUUCAUAUGUGUCAAACCAGGGUCUGACAAUGAGAUAUGUAGAGGGCAAAUCAGCUAUGCUCUUGGAUCAAAGUAUUGGAACAGAGGUAUAACCACAAUGGCAGUGAAAAUGGUUAUUUCUAGGGUGUUUGAAGAGUUUCCAGGUAUGGAGAGAUUGGAAGGCUAUGUUAAUGUGGAAACUAAGGCCUCACAAAGGGUUUUGGAAAAGGUUGGGUUUCGAAAGGAAGGUGUACUUCAGAAAUACAUCAUUGUCCAUGGGAAGACUAUCGAUGUUAUUAUGUAUAGCCUUUUAAAAACUGACCAAAUAAUUAAUUGAAGGGAUUUAUCUAUUCUUA